GGAUCUGGAGCCGGACUGCGCGCCACGGCUGCACGCCACGGCUGAGCCAAACUUGCCGAGUCAGGAUGUGAGAGCGGCAGCGACGGCUCUGCAGCAUCUCUGGGUGCUGCCGCAUCCCGGGGUACCGGGGUCUUGGCCUCCCGCCGCCUCCAGGCGCCUUUUCCCAGAGACGGAGUGGGGAUGGGGUAGGAACCGGCACCUGCUGUGUUUCCACCGGCACCGGCGCCGCUGCCCGAAGCCCGCAGAGCCUCCGCUCUGCUGCCAGCUGGGGGAUUAUUUCCAUUUUUCUUUUCUUUUUGCCUCCUGACCACACGUCUCCGCUGGCGCCGGAGCCAGGGGUGACGCGGCAAGCGGCUCCAGGGAGCCCAGCCUGGCUCCAUGUAUCCCGAAUCCACCACUGACUCCCCAGCGCGACUCUCGCUGAGGCAGACGGGCUCCCCAGGGAUGAUUUACAGCGCGAGGUACGGGAGCCCCAAGCGCCAGCUCCAGUUCUACAGGAACCUUGGAAAGUCCGGGCUGCGUGUGUCCUGCCUGGGCCUGGGGACAUGGGUUACAUUCGGAGGGCAAAUCACAGACGAGAUGGCAGAGCAGCUGAUGACUUUAGCUUAUGACAACGGCAUUAAUCUCUUCGACACAGCAGAAGUCUACGCUGCCGGCAAGGCCGAGGUGGUGCUGGGAAACAUCAUCAAGAAGAAGGGGUGGAGACGGUCCAGCCUGGUCAUCACCACCAAAAUCUUCUGGGGAGGAAAAGCUGAGACAGAGAGGGGCCUGUCCCGAAAGCACAUCAUCGAAGGUCUGAAGGCAUCGCUGGAACGGCUGCAGCUGGAGUACGUGGAUGUGGUGUUUGCCAACCGGCCCGACCCCAACACGCCAAUGGAAGAGACGGUGCGAGCCAUGACCCAUGUGAUCAACCAGGGGAUGGCCAUGUACUGGGGGACCUCACGCUGGAGCUCCAUGGAGAUCAUGGAAGCAUACUCGGUGGCCCGGCAGUUCAACCUGAUCCCACCGAUCUGCGAGCAAGCCGAGUACCACAUGUUCCAGCGGGAGAAGGUUGAGGUGCAGCUCCCCGAGCUCUUCCACAAGAUAGGUGUCGGAGCCAUGACCUGGUCCCCACUGGCUUGUGGCAUCGUCUCGGGGAAGUAUGAUGGGGGGAUCCCCCCUUACUCCCGCGCCUCGCUGAAGGGAUAUCAGUGGCUAAAGGACAAGAUCUUGAGCGAGGAGGGUCGGCGGCAGCAGGCCAAGCUGAAGGAGCUGCAGGCCAUCGCCGAGCGCCUGGGCUGCACCCUGCCACAGCUCGCCAUUGCCUGGUGCCUGCGCAAUGAGGGUGUCAGCUCCGUCUUGCUGGGAGCCUCCAAUGCCGAUCAGCUGAUGGAGAAUAUUGGAGCAAUACAGGUCCUUCCGAAGCUGUCGUCUUCCAUCGUCCACGAGAUCGAUAGCAUCCUGGGCAACAAACCCUACAGCAAGAAGGACUACAGAUCCUAAGAGCGCGCCGGAGCGCGCAGCCCUCGCCGCCCGUUCGCUUGCUUACGCUUUGUUGGAGCAAAGUGGAGAGUGUGGUUUGCACCGCGAGCGCCGCGAGCCAGCGCUGCCCCGUCCAUCGCACGGCUGCCGCCAGGGUGGCUCUCAGUGCCGGGAUGGCCCCCGAGACCCCCGGCCAACCGGCCCCCAGCCGGAGCCACCGUGGGCAGGCAGAGCACGGGGGCUGUUGCAUGCAUCGCUCCCACUGCCCGCGUUGCUGGUGGGCGCGGGGCGGGGGUGCGGGUGGGUGCUGUACGCCCGCCAGGCCGACAACACGAAGCUGUUCCCCAGCCUGCGCCCGGCCCCUCGCCUCUGCCCUGCCUUGCGCCCACACCGGCACCAUCGUACCAGCACCUGGGGCUGCAGUGCUCCCAGGGCAGGAGGGGGUGGGAUAGGGUGGUGAUGGAGGGGGUACCCCUGCAGGUGGGGGCAGCCCCCCGUGGCUGUUGCUGCCACGAAGGGAGCUCAGGGUACCCCCAGCGCAGGGCUGGGCUCUGCAGGGGGCUGGGUGAGGAGCGUGCGUGUGUGUGCAAGCACCUGUGCAGGCAGACACACGCAUGGACACCCCUCCGUGUACAGACCCCUGUGUGCAGCUGCAAGCAGUGUGUAGCUACAUCAGGGCACCCACAGCCCCUGCAGCUGUGCACGUACACGGCUGCCCUUACACACGCACAUGUGUGCAGUCCCAGGUGUCUGCACACACUCACCUACAGCUGGAGCUGUAGCUCUACCUCUGCCCCUACACAGACACCAACACAGAUUUGUAUCUCUAGAUCUAUGCAUAGAGCUGUACAUGCAGACCUAGCAACAUCACAUACGUGGUAUCCGUGCCAACACACAAAUGCAGACAUGCUUGUGUACAUGCAUCAGUACCUAUAGAGCUACGUGGACAGAUCUGUGGAUGUGCACACACCCGUGGCAAGGCAUUGCUAUAGGUACAGAUGCAGAUGUCUAUAUGCACAACUAGAUAUGUACAUAAAUGUGUGUAUAUAUACAGAUAUGUGUGCAGAUAUAUCUGUAUCAAUUAUAUAUAUAUCUGUAUGCAACUAUAGACUCAUCUCUAUGCCUAUAUAUAUAAACGUAUGCCUAUAUAUAC